AUGCCGGAUGGACUUCAGACAUCUUGCAGUUUUGACUACCUUGCAGCCAACGUCAAAAACUAUUUAUAUGUGGCAGGAAUGUAUACUUUUGAAUUUCUGAUUCCUGUCGGCAUAGUCGUGGUCUGCUACUGGCAAAUCGUGCUGAUUGUCAGAAGAAACGAGCGUGAAAUGGCCAGCUUUACGCGAGAGGCCAAUGCGAAUAAAAUCAGAAGUAUGCAGAUACGUGGAGCACAGAGAAGAGCGGACGUGCAAGCUGCCAAAGUAUCGGCUAUCGUCGUCAGCGUCUUCGUCAUUUCAUGGCUGCCGUACGCUACCUUGGCCUUCCUCGCUCUUAACGGUUAUCGCAGCAGCCUGACCCCCAUCUCCGCCGAGGUGGCUGUCCUCUUUGCCAAGUCCAGUGCCGUCUACAAUCCCCUGGUUUACGCCCUUAUGAAUACAAAGUUUCGUGCUAGUUUGAGCGAAAGGAUGUCCUGUCUGAUUGAGUGUUGCCAUUGCCGUCGAGGGCAGGUUGUGGUUGCCCAAUCGCUCUCCCCUUCCCCAUGUUAG